AUUAUAAACUUCAAUAGCAUUUUUAUUUGAAAUAUUUCGCGAUUGAUUAAUUACCUACUGUUUGCUUGAGGAUUGCGGGUUGUGUGCGAGUUUUAGCGGGUUGGGUCUGCUGUGGAUUUUAUGGUUUAUUGUUUUAAUGAUUUUGGUUUGGUCGUGCUUACAUGGCAUGAGGUUCUUUCAAAAUAAUAACGUAUUUUGCUUAUUCCAGAGCUAAAAUUAAAUCUUACGCAAAAACUGUCAGUACAGGCAACCUUCUUAGACAUCUGAGGGAUGCCCACAAUAUAAGGGACGACAAAACUGAACCUUCAAAAAGACUGAUUAACGACUUUUUCACAACUCUGCCACGACGCAGAAUAGCAUCUGCGGCGACGGCGACUGUAUCGCAUGGCGCACAAUUGAAGGUCACAAGGAAGGACAAGUGGCUCCUUGCUAGAGAUUUGUCCCUCUGGUUUUGUCGAUCUUUAAUGCCUUUCGAUGCUGUAUCUGAUAAAGGCAUGAUAGAUUUCUUUAAGAAAUAUGAUAUCAUUGUGACAGACCAGGAUUUGCCGUCAAGAUAUACUAUAAGCCGGACUGCAUUGGAUGAUGUCUAUGAAAUGAUGCUGAAAAAUGUUAAAGAACAAAUAAAAGAAUCUUCUCCCAAACAUGUUUCGGUGACAUUUGAUCUAUGGACAGAUCGUUACAGACGUCUCAACUACAUUACAUUCACGCUACAUUACUUAACUGCUGAUUUCGAGCUGAAAUCCUUUACAUUAAAUACUAAGCUAGCUCAAGGCAAGAAAACUGGAGAAAUGAUUUUGGAGAUGCUUAACAAAACGGUGGCGGAAUUCGGUUUGUGCGAUAAAACCCUUCAUGUCGUUACUGACGCCGGAUCUAAUGUGAAGCGAGCUAUCGCACUGGGUAACUUGGAUGGCCAUUUGUGUUUGGGACAUGGGUUACACAACCUUGUAAUAGUAGACGGGAUAAAACGCGUCCCAGAAGUUGAUGUUGUGGUUACCAAGUGUAAAAAAAUUGUCAAAAGCAUCAGGUAUCGUUUGCCGGACCUAGAGAUAGAGGUGGAGACAGAACAACGUAAAUUUCUGCAAGAAAUAGAUAGCGUUGGUGAAGAUAUUGAAUUUGACGAGAAUGAGCCUAUGGUUGACGAAGACUUAUCAUCACCAACACGCGAAGACUGUAGUGCCGAAACUACUGUUUCCUUCAACAAUGAGUUCGGUGAGGUAAACCAUGUGCCGACCGUAAAAACGUCGACACCUACACGUUGGCAUAGUGUUUUGGCCAUGCUUGAGAGUUUGGCUCAUUUCUGCAAUCGAGGUCCGAUAAACGAAAUGCUGACGAAAAUCGGACAGGGAGAACUAAAACUUAUUCAAGCAGAGUGGAACAUUAUAGAGGACAUGAUACGGUUUUUGAAGAAAUUUCGUGAGGCUGUCGAAGUCCUGUCUGCACAAAAGACCGCCUCUAUAAAUUUAGCACUUGUAUUCAGGACAGAAUUAAAGCACGUACUCGAUGAUGUAUCUGCUGAAGAUGAAACACUAAUUAUCGUGUCUUUAAAAAAUAAUAUGUUAUCUAACAUAGAUAAGAGUUUCCCUCUGACUGAAAAUAUUGUUUGCGCAGCACUUCUAGACUCUAGAUUUUCUGGUCUUAAGGAAAUUGACGCUUUCCUCGAAAAAGAGCACACCACGCGUGCAGUUUUUCUUUCGGAAAUGAUCAAGCGAUUUGUCGACCCUACUGACAUAGCUACACCAGAUCCAGUCACAAUGCCAAGUACUUCAAAGACCGAUACAACUUCCAGCCUUUUGAAUAAACUGUCAUUAAAACACAGCAGUUUCAGUUACGAUGAGUCCACAGAUCCCGCUUUUCAGGAGUGCUGGAAAUAUCUGGCUACUGCGGUUCCUAAAGAACUAGUGGAGCAGUUAAAUGGUGAUUUAACCAGCGAACAACACCCGACGACCUUGACGCCGGCGUGGUCCAGCCACGCCGCGAAAAAUUUGCGGCGCGCCGCCGCCGCGAAUUUUUAUGGCGGCGCACACGUCUACACUGACUAA